GGCACCGGGGGAGCGGCACCGGGAGCGCAGCGCGGCUCGGGCCCGGCGGAGCGGAGCGGGAGCGGCGGGAGCAUGGAGAUGGAGAAGCGCUUGACGCUGGAGCUGCGCAACAAGAAGCCGAGCGAGGUGAAGGAGCUGGUCCUGGAUAACUGCCGCUCUGAGGAUGGCAAGGUGGUCGGUCUCUCCUCAGACUUUGAGAACCUGGAGUUCCUCAGCAUGAUCAACAUCAACCUGCUGUCCGUGUCCAACCUCCCCAAACUCAACAAGCUGCGGAAGCUGGAGCUGAGUGAUAAUAGGAUUUCUGGUGGCCUUGAAGUUCUAGCAGAGAAAACUCCCAACCUAACACACUUGAACCUAAGCGGCAACAAGAUCAAAGACAUCAAUACCCUGGAGCCCUUGAAAAAGCUGCCAAACCUCCACAGUCUGGACCUGUUCAACUGCGAGGUGACGAUGCUCAUCAACUACCGGGAGAGCGUGUUCGCCCUCCUGCCCCAGCUCACCUACCUGGACGGAUUUGAUGCUGACGAGCAGGAAGCCCCUGACUCAGACCCCGAAGCAGAUGGGGAUGCACUGGAAGAUGAGUACGAGAAUGGGGAAGUAGAAGGUGAGGAAGAGGAGGAUGACGAGGAGGAAGACGAUUUGGAUGAAGAAGUCAUUGAUGACGAGGAAGAUGAAGACGAUGACCUGGAAGGUGAAGAGGAGGAGGAUGGAGUAGAUGACGAGGAGGAAGAUGAGGAGGAAGAUGGUGAAGAGGAUGAAGAAGAUGAAGCUGAGGAGGACCACCCGUGCGGGGAGAAGAGAAAACGAAGUCUAGAGGAUGAAGGAGAGGAAGAUGCAGAGGACGAAGAGGAUGAUGAGGAUGACUGAUCCCAGCGAGCCAAUCAGUUUUACAGACUGUGCUUGUCUUAACCUCCCCGUUGUGUCUGUGUGAGACUGUAAAUCCCCGUCUCCCACUCCUCCUCCUCCCCCUUUGUAUGGCUGCAGCGUCCACAAUAUAUUUUUUUAAGAUUUAGAA